AUGGCCACAAAUCUACCAAUUGAGCUCAUUUAUUGCAUUCUCGAUUACCUCGAUGUGGAAGAUUACAUCGCCGCUCGGGCAACCUGUCGAAAAUGGCGAAUGGCAGCCUCGACCUCGUCCAUUAUUCGAAACACCCUUCAGCAGGUCCCCGUCUCGCUGCCCUCUCGGACGGAUCUCCUCACAAAGGAGGAUUGGGACAACUAUUUCUGUCAGAUCGUCCGUCAGAACUUGCUGGGCUGCCGCAACCGCGUUCAGAGAACGCAAUCGAGGUGCAUGCUCCCUCCGGAAUGCUCGCAUUGUACGAUAUACGACAUCUCUCGCGACGGCCGGAAGCUUGUGGUCCUGAAAGGCGCACGAGCAUUGCUGUAUAGCCGCUCAGACGCAGCCGGUCCCUGGGAACUCCUCCGCUCCUCACCUUUGUACUCACUUUGGACAUCCGUAUGUCCUGCCGUGCUUGGCACAUCACAGCAUACAGAGCACCGCAUCGCGCUGUCGUCAGACGGGCAGUUCCUCGCCGUCGGGCUGGACAAGACGAUCCAGAUCUAUAGCCUGCUCGGAGACCUGGACGGUCUCACCUCCCCUGCCCAGCAUACCGUGAACCAGGAAAACAGGUUCCUCCAUCCCCCGCCUGCCAACUACGAGGAAGCCAACGGCACGAUCGAGAGCCUCGAAUUUGCCGAGGACGACGACACUCUGCUCCGGGUCGCAAUCGCUCAAGACACCACCGCUUUCCAACCGACCCGCGUGCGCUACCUGGGUAAUCCAGACCGCAAGCCAGCAGGUCCUACCUCUCUCGCAUACUGGCGUGCCACCAUCAACCAAGUCUACCUCGACUCCGCCUCCAUGGCUGGCACCCUCAGCCCCAACGACAGGGACAAAGUCUCUCUCCGAGGCCUCCAGCUCCUGCCGCGGAGCUACCGCCAGGCCCCGCAGCGUUCAUCCACAGCCACAGACGCCGCUCACCCAUGGCGACGAUAUUUCACCGCAUGCCUCCAAAGCACCACCAGCAGAUCAAAUGGCUACUGCAUCGGCCAAAUCGACACAUCCCCAACCCUCCCGUCCUCCGCACAAACAAUAACCAUCCUCCGCCUCCUUCCCAGUCGACAAAACCAUUCAACAAUGCCCCAAAUCACCCCCUUCACCAUCCCCUCAGACCUACCUACACCUUCCCCCACCACCGAUCCUUCCAAACCCACCACCAUGUUCCAAAUCAGCCCUUCAAGACGUAACUCAACCUUCGAAACAACAGACACCCACCACAAAACCACCACCCUCCACGCCGCCACGACCGCCAGAUGGAACACUGCUAACCUCCCCACCGCGGCACCCACCACGGCAGCCCCACUCCUCGCAAUCUCCCCGGACGCAAGCCUAAUGUGCCUCUACGAACCCGGCACAGGCCAUUACUCCAGCAUCGCCCGCGGGGGUGCAAUUUACCUCUACAGCCUGCAGAACGGGGAUCCGCCUGCCCGUCUCCUCCAAACCACCCAGCCUGAAACAGCACCAGCAGCACCACAAAGUCCAACCCCGACCCCGACCCCGACCCCGACCCCGACCCCGACCCCCACAGCCCAGCCCCCCAACUUCCCCGAUACAGACCCCCAGAUCCCAACCUGGUCCCUCCUCCUCGACAUCACAGACGAGGACAUCGAAUCCCUCCGCAUUACGCCCAUCCCUCCCUCAGAUGGCAAGCAGCAGCAGCAGCAGCAUCACCGCCACACGACAAGGAAAUACAUAAUCACAGCCACGACAAGCGCCAACUCCAAACAGAUCCUCUCGUGGCAGAUCUAA